AUGAGCAGUGGAUCUGGAAAUGUUCAGAAUGGUCCUGCCGUCAGUACGAGCUCCAAGAAGUCUUUGAGGGUUUUCAGUGACGAUAUAUGGAAGAACAAGACUGCCAAGAUAAAUGCAGAGCUCUUCACACUAACAUACGGAUCGAUUGUUUCUCAAUUAUGUACUGACUUUCAAAGAGAUUUCAAUAAAGUCAAUGAUCAACUGUUUGCAAUGGGAUAUAAUAUAGGGCUACGCUUAAUUGAAGAUUUCCUUGCAAGAACUGCGCUUCCCAGAUGCGAUACACUAGUAAAGACAAGCGAAGUUAUCAGUAAGUGUGCGUUCAAGAUAUUCCUGAAUAUGACACCUCAGGUUUCAAACUGGUCCAACAAUAAAGAUGUAUUUUCUCUCAUCCUUGAUGAAAACCCGCUAUCAGACUUUGUGGAAUUACCAAUGGAUGCUUCUAAAGAGCUUUGGUAUUCAAACAUCCUGUGUGGAGUGUUAAAAGGCGCUAUGGAAAUGGUACAGCUUGAUUGUGAUGUAUGGUUUGUUAGUGAUGUACUAAGAGGUGAUCAGCAUUCUGAAAUUCGUGUCAAACUCAAUAGAAUAUUGAAGGAUGAAAUCCCCGCUGGAGAAGAUUAA